AUGGGACGAUGUCUGGAUUGUCUCAGCGGCGUUCGUGUGAGCGGGUUAGGGACAAUCUGAAUCGGCAUGCGGAUGUUCGUCUUUUGUAGGUUUUCUGGAUACGGAUGGGCGGGAUCUGCAAAGUCUAUCUGUCGGAAUCAGUUUGAACAGUUCGAAAGGAAAUCAAUUACAUGUUAAUUGAGGGUCAUAAAUAUGGAAACGAGAUGGCGUUUGGGGAAUGUACAUUGUUCAAGAGAACAAAGGUAGUUUUCAAAUGAAUGAGAAAAAUGAUUUUUUGACGGUGACAGGAGGGGCACCGCUAGCAAUGCACCAGAUGCGCUUAGAAACGUAUUGGAGGGGGCUGAUAAGGCGUAUUUUCGCGUUUUGAAACUAUUUUAACAGCCGGCCAAUAUCAUUAAACAAAAGAUGACCAGCACGAUCUUUGAAAACAAACUAGUUAUGUUUUCGAUGUGCCGUCGCCAGACAAUCUCUAACAGGGAACUUUGAAGGAAUGGAAAAAAACAAUCUGCAUCCACAUCCAAGGAAAUGCUCUCACACUUCGGAUGUUUAUCCUGAUUGCAUCUGAAUCAGGACGUAACCUUACAUCAAUAUGUAAACAAGCGACUAAUUGUUUUUUCCCCUGGUUACACUUUUCAGUCUAUAAACAUUGUGAAAUCUUUCGUCCGUUCGAAAAUGAGCUGCUCGUACAUCUGAACGGCAAGAACUCAGGGAGCCAAUGCAAUGCUUGCUACCUGCGGAACUUGCCGCGCAGUUGAUGAGCUGCCGGAAUAGUAAUAUGAAGGAAGAAUGAAGAUGGGUAUGGCAGUAAGCAACUGACACAAACGCGCCCGGCGAGAGGUUAGAGGCGAGCUUCCGCGGCCGCGUCGCGGUGCGUCUCGAAUGUUUCUCUGGCACCCUCUUUGGCGCUCCAUACUUUUUGUCGACCUCUGCUGCUCUCGUCGUAUGGACGCGAGCGCCUAGCCGGCAGAAAAAUGUAUAGUGGAGAAGCUGUUGCAGAGGUCUAACAGCGUUAUUUGUCAGGAAAAGAGAAUAGAAUGCGAGGCGAAUGAAGAGGAGCAUGAGAACCACUGAGCGCCUGUUCGUUAAGUGGGAUGGCGCUGCUCCUCAUGACUAUUACACUUGCAAUGAGAUUCGGUCUCGAUAUUUUCCACCCAUGUUGUUUAUGUCAGCAAGUAUAUCAGAGCUACGGGUUCAAUGUAUCUUGAUGGUGACGAAAGCACAGGAACAGUUCAGUUUUGGGCGUAUCCGGUCCCUCACAAAUUUACACCUUCUGGAAUGUUCUUCUUCCUUUGAAUCUUCCGGAAUGCCGCACGCAAAGUGCAUAUCCACGACGGCGCUAAGCGUCACCGACCAGCACAAUGAAAGUGGGCCAAGCACGAUAAGGAUGAUGGCGUUUCGACGCUGGGUCGCGUAGAUAAAUUAAAAAGCGAAAAUUGAUAGUAGGGAAGGAAAAACUAUGUGGGUAUCGUUGCAAAGACUGGCUAAAAAGUUAUGCAAGACUGCGAUUGAAUGUAAAUAGAAAAGUUGAAAACAACCAAUACAAAAGUACAUCCUUACGUCUCAUUUUGAGUGCCUCUGCUGGUGACUAACAUUCCAGUGAACUCGCUUGUAUCUCGGAGCAAUUCGUCAAGCAUUUUUCGAUCAGUUUCAUGUGUACAUUUUGUACAUUGGUCCGACAGUUAUCUGAUAAACUUUUGACUGUUUAAAAAAAAAACUACUGAUACAGAUGCGACACCAAGCUGGCGCCACCUUUUCCAGAUUAUUAUAAAAUGCUCCGCUUAUCAUAAUUCACAAAACAAAAGAAAUCGUGGAGUUUCUUGUUAUUCUUUCAUUUUACCUAUCCGUCAGAGACGAACACGGAUUACUGAUUAUCGACACGCCAAAGGAUCUUGAGACUAUUAUAUUUCAAUUCGUCUGGUUUCUUCUUCUCAACUAGUGAGUUUGCUUUGAGUUGAGUAUUUGGUCAGAAAUUUAACAUUUUCCAGCGGCAUGUACUAUAUUCAACAUAAUCUUCAAUUCGAUCUUGCUAACGAAGAUGAAAAUGGAAAUGUGGACCCGCUGAUAGAUGAGAACAACAACAAUAUCUGA